GGCCCGUCAGCAUGGACUUUUCGCACAUGCAAACACCGCCCCCAACAAGGGAUGACUCGUCUCGAAGGGUACGACAACAAAACGCGGGCGAGGGAGCCGCCACGCCAGCUACUGUGAUACAUCGGACGCCCAACCAGGUGCCCCCGUCCGAGGCUCUCUUUGACCAGACGCCCUUUGGCCUCGGCAGUUUGCACUACACGCCAGACAUGAUGCACAUGCCCGGCCAUGCCCCCAUGUCGGCGCCCCCCAUGCCGCAGUCACGCCUGUUCUGGGACCCGGCCAACGAGGGCAUGCAAAUGGAUCUUGAUUUCCCCAUGGGCAUAGAUACAUUCGCCCCUACGCCACAGAGAAUGGAUCAAAGCAUCAACUGGCACGGCAUACAUCCCUCUGCUGUCACUAACUUGAUGCAGACUCCGGGCUUCCACAGUUUCCAAGCCUCACCUGGGCCCAUGUCAUUUGCCAACUGCCACAUGGAGCACGGCCAAAUCUCAAGGCCCGGUUCAUUUGCGUCUACUACUGGUGUUGACCCCAGCAUGCUGUUUAGCUUCUCUAAUCCCGACAUGACUGCUUCUUUUGGUGCGAUGCCUCAACUCUCCAACGUGGACAUGAGCUUAAGACAGCCGUACGAGACGCAGUUGCGCGAUGCGCAGGCUGAGAGAGAAAUGGCGAAAAAGGCAAGGAGCCAGCAUUCUCGCAGCAAUACAAAUUCCUCCGCUGGCUCGGUCGAAGAAGUGAAGCCCCCACUUCAUCGGAGUAACACCGAUAGUGGAGUAAGGAUGUCCAGAGUGCCUCCCAUGGACCCUCGGUCCGCCGUUCCAGGUAAUACCUCGAGCAUACCACGGCGCCCAUCACCGCUCAAGCGCCAGGGCAAUGGCUCGCUUAAAUCUAUUCCAGAGAUACGACGACCGCGGACACGUCUGAUCAUCGACGAGACCGGCCGUGCGCGUACAGAGACUAUACAUGCCGAGGACGAGGACAAGACUCCAAAGGCUUUGCGCCAGUCUUCGCAGCAGGAUCUCCGCCGGCAGUAUCCUGGUUUGUACGAGGCGGGCGACAGUGAGUCGGAAGAAGAUGAACCGGCAGUUGCCAUCAGUCGCAAAACAUCCUUCACUGUGCCGCAACCUGAACGCCGAGCAUCGAAAUAUGCUCGGGUGGAGAGCGAACCCCUUGAAGGAAACAACUCUUUCAAGAUGACGCGAUCCUCGUCACGCCCAGGCUUGGCCUCCUUCGACAAGGCGUCGUCUGAGAAGCUGCGGCUCAUGGGAAGAUCAGCUAGCGAUAACACCACUCGGCGAGUUAGCGCAAUGGACCAUCCCACUUUGGCCAAGAAUACCAGAGACAUCGAAGAUCAGCACAUGCCUGACUCUCCUGGGGAUGCCCUGGGAGCCUUGAAAAAGGUGGUCGGUGCACGGCAACAACGUAUUGAACGUGCUUCACAAAACACGCUCAAGGCUCACAACCAACGCUGGGCUGCUGCUUCGGCCGAGUUCUCUGCUACCACUCCCCACGGUCAUGGCAACUACGAUUCUUUUUCCAAUUCCCUGAGCCGCUCUGUAACUACGACGCCGUCGACCGACCGCAGCAACUUUUCGAGCGAAAGCACGCGCUGUGUUUGUAAUGGCCUUGUCGACGACGAAGAUAGGCCCAUGGUGCAGUGCGAAUCCUGCAACAUGUGGCUGCACAUUGUAUGUGUUGGUCUGAAUAAGAGCAGCAUGCCGCCCGUCUACGUGUGCGUUUUUUGCACAGGGCAGACGCCACUUGCGAGAGGUGGAAGAUUAAGAGGACCGCCCGUGCUGCUGGAGUCGCCGCUUACUCACAAGUCCAUGUUUAGGAGUUGAGCCCUGGUUAGUCUUGCGAGAAACAUGGUGUGGUGGUUCGCAUACCACCCUAUUUCUCAUCAUACCAGGGUACUCCAGCUCCUACCAUUCAGCACUCACGUCACGGCCCUUGCCUCUUGCUCAACCUUUUCUCACACACCUUGUUUUCUCGCCGGCUUUACACUACAACAAAAAUAACAUUAACGAAUACAGCAAUACGCUAUACAUUUCACGGAAUCGCAAUCUACAUACAAAAAAACGACAUGUUCAAUAU